CUGAUGGGUCGAGGGGGGAAAGAUGUGUGAUGCUCAGGCGUUUUUAUCGCCACGAGCCCUACCAAAUUCCAGGGUUCCUAGCGUGUACCUUACUCACAAAUGCUCCAAGCAUCUACGACCUCACAAGCCAUCAAAUUCAUCCUAAGAGUUCAUAAUAUUGUAACCAUUCUCGGAUAUAUCAAUACAAUCGAAGGAAUACCUUUCAUUAAAGAUACCAAAUACUAUUUAAUAGUAUAAGUUAGCUCUUACUCGAUAAAGCUCUUGGCGCAUCGAUCUCCUUUUAACAUCUAAGAUGGAUUAUUCAUAUUACACUCCGAAUGCUCAGCCGUUCUUCCCUCUUCUCCCUCCUACUCCAACUCACACAAACGUAUCAAAUACCGAUGAAUUCAGCAACUCUCCACCUCAGGAUGUCUUUGAUCAAUUCCAACCCUAUGAUUAUGCCAAUCAGUACGACUCACGCAUUCCUAAAGUCACAACCCCGCUUUCACAGCACAAACCAUCGAUUUCCCAUCCCAUGUACACAGAGAUGCCUACCGAUAUAGUCGACAAUGCGAUGCGACGAGAUAGCGACGAUGAGGAGAAUUUGACUCCGGCACAAUCCCGGCGCAAAGCCCAAAAUCGCCAAGCACAACGGGCCUUUCGCGAACGCAAAGAGCGACACGUCAAAGAGUUAGAGGCCAAACUUGCAGAGUUCGAAAAAAGUACCGGAGAUCUGGCUCAAGAAAACGAGCGCUUGAAGCUACAGUUGACAAAAGCUGCGACGGAGAAUGAAAUAUUGAAAGCGACGUCCAGGCAUUCGAACCAUGGAGGUUCGCAACCUCUGUCAAAUGUAGGCCCCAUGAAAUAUACACCUACGGACUUUUACAGUGAGGUUCUAUAUGCGCACGACAAUAAAUUUCCCAGCCAUCGAAUUGUAACGAGUGAUAAAGGGGAAAGGUUGUUGGCGGCAGGUGCGACGUGGGACUAUAUUAUCAAACAUCCGCUGUACAAGCAAGGUCUGGUGGAUGUAGGAAUUGUUAGUGAAAGACUGAAGAACGCUGCGAAGUGCGAUGGGCAAGGACCAGUUUUCGAGGAGAGCGCAAUACUGGAUGCAAUCGAGAACAGUGUCGCAAGUGGCAGUGAUGAGUUACUAUGAUUUAUGAGAUGGUAUUGAAGAAUUUCAAAGGUGUUAAGGUUGAUUGUUGGAAAUAUGGGAUGAGACAGACUGCUCAGGACAAGUGAAGUACAUCAAGGAGUUCUUAGUUGUUUCCUCUUUGGAGUUUUGGGUGGUAGUAUGUCUUUAUGAAUUAAUUAGAGCGUUUAGUGAACGUUAUUCAAUUUAACUCUCAUUCUUGAAGUCGCUUCCAUCUUGGU